CGCGGGAAUCAACCAUAUUUUCUUCUGUAUUGGAAUCAUCACGUUAUUCAUGAUCAUGUUUAUAAAAUGAUGAGAAAUGUGUGAUCAUGGCGUUUAAUUACGUUGUUACAGCUCAGAAACCCACUGCGGUAUCUGCUGCAGUCGUCGGACAUUUUACAGGCGAGAAAGACCUCAAUCUAAUUAUUGCAAAAAAUACACGUCUUGAAAUCCAUCUUGUAACCGCAGAAGGUUUAAGACCUCUGCUUGACGUUGGAAUAUAUGGCAAGAUAGCAUGUAUGCAUUUAUUUCGUCCAAAGGGUGAAUCACAAGAUCUGCUGUUUAUUUUAACAUGCAGAUACAGAGUGUUUAUUUUGAGUUAUAAUGCUGGACCAGGGGAUAUUAUAACUAGGGCAUAUGGUGAUGUUCAGGACAAAAUUGGCAGGCCAUCUGACACAGGAGUGAUGGCAAUCAUAGAUCCGGAAUGUCGGAUUAUAGGCUUACGUCUUUAUGAUGGUCUCUUCAAAGUUAUUUUACUGGAACUUGACUCAUCAAAAGAAUUGAAGGCUUUUAAUAUAAGAUUUGAAGAACUAGAAGUGUCUGAUAUAAAAUUCCUCCAUGGAUGUGCUAAUCCUACCAUAGCAUUUAUAUAUCAGGACCCUCAUGGCCGUCAUGUUAAAACUAACGAAAUAUCAUUAAAAGACAAAGAAUUUUCUAACAUUCCUUGGCAGCAGGAAAAUAUUGAAGUUGAGGCAUUUAUGCUUAUAGCAGUUCCCAAACCUCUUGGCGGUGUGAUCAUUAUUGGGCAAGAGUCAAUAACAUAUCACAAUGGUCGUCAAUAUCAUGCUAUAGCUCCUGCAGCCUUGAGACAAAGUACAGCCACGUGUUAUGGUCAAAUUGAUCCAAAUGGCUCACGAUAUUUGCUGGGAGAUCUUGAAGGAAUGUUGUUUAUGUUGCUGUUAGAACAACAUGAAGUUGAUGGAAAUGUGGAAAUUAAAGAUUUGAAGUUGGAAGCUUUGGGGGAGGUUUCCAUACCUCAUUGUUUGGCAUACUUGGAUAAUGGUGUUGUUUUUGUGGGAUCCGCUUUAGGAGACUCACAGUUAGUCAAGUUGAGUACAAAAGCUGACAAACAUGGUAGCUAUGUGCAAGUGAUGGAAUCAUUCACAAAUCUUGGGCCAAUUGUAGACAUGGUUGUUGUUGAUUUGGAGAGACAGGGUCAAGGACAGCUGGUGACAUGUUCUGGAGCUAGUAAAGAGGGUUCGUUGAAAAUUAUUAGAAAUGGAAUUGGUAUUCAUGAAAAUGCAACGGUCGACCUUCCUGGAAUUAUGGGUAUAUGGGCGUUAAAAAUAUCUGAACCGGAUUCGGAGUACGAUGAUACGUUAGUGUUGUCCUUUGUGGGUGAAACACGAAUUUUAACUCUUACUGGCGAGGAAGUAGAGGAAACAGAGAUCGAUGGAUUUGUCGACGAUGAACAAACAUAUUACAGUGGAAAUGUUUGUGGCAAGAAAAUUGUCCAGGUAACAUCAAGCUCUAUUCGUUUGGUGAACUGUGACACCUUGAAACUUGUCUCUGAGUGGCGACCUCCCAAAAGCAAGACAAUCAGCGUUGUCUCCUGUAACAAGAAGCAGAUUGUGGCAGCAGUUGGAAAAGAUUUGUUUUACCUUGAGUUUCAAGAUGAAAAUAUUGUUCAAAUUUGCACUACCAUUUUAGAACACGAAGUCGCUUGCUUAGACAUAUCUUUACCAGAGGCUGCUGAAGAAAAAUCUACGUUGGUCGUGGUUGGUUUGUGGACUGAUAUAUCAUUACGAGUACUCCAGUUACCAAGCAUGGAUCAGCUCUGCAUUGAAAACUUGGGUGGAGAGAUCAUCCCUCGAUCUGUAUUAAUGGCGAUGUUUGAAGGUGUUAAAUAUCUUCUUUGUGCACUUGGUGAUGGAACUUUCUUCUACUUCAUCAUGAACAGCACAGGUUUUUUAUCAGAGAAAAGGAAAAUCACUCUUGGUACUCAACCUGCAGCUCUCAAGACUUUCCGUUCUCUUUCAACUGUUAAUGUUUUUGCUUGCUCUGAUCGACCAACUGUAAUAUAUUCUAGCAACCAUAAACUUGUCUUUUCCAAUGUAAAUCUGAAGGAAGUGGGAUGUAUGUGUCCUCUAAAUACUCAAGGAUAUCCUCAAAGUUUGGCGCUAUCAAAUGCAAAUUCUUUGACAAUUGGAACAAUUGACGAGAUUCAAAAACUGCACAUCAGAACUGUUCCUCUUGCUGAGUCACCGCGUCGUAUAGCUUACCAGGAGACAACUCAGAGUUUUGGUGUUGCAACGACAAGAACAGAACUCCAAGAUUUAUACAGCAGCGAAUCACGUCCUGUGAGAAAGAGUGCCAGUCUCACUGCACAGAAUAUUACCAAGAAUAUUGGAGCUAUAACAAGCAAUAGCACUGCCUUACCUGAUGGAAUAACAUUUGGCAAUGAUGUGGAAUGUGGAAGUUUUCUUAUUGUCGAUCAACAUACAUUUGAAGUCACCCAUGCUCAUCAUCUCAAGGAAAUGGAAUGUCCUGUCAGUCUUAUCUCGUGUAAACUUACAAAGGGUUCACAUCAGUAUUAUUGUGUUGGAACUGCAUUCGUCCGUCCCGAGGAUGCUGAGCCGAAGAGUGGUCGAUUAAUUUUAUUUCAUCUUGAAGAUGGAAAACUAACACAAGUGGCUGAAAAAGAAGUGAAGGGGUCUGUUUAUUCCUUGGUAGAAUUUAAUGGCAAAAUUGUGGCUGGUAUCAACAGCACAGUGAGUGUCUUUGAAUGGACUAGCGAUGGUGAACUGAAGGUGGAAUGUAGUUAUCAUGAUACUGUUCUUGCACUUUACAUCAAAUGUAAAGGUGAUUUUAUAUUGGUUGGUGAUUUAAUGCGGUCUGUGAAACUAUUGCUUUAUAAGCCUGUUGAAGGAUCUCUAGAAGAGAUUGCAUUAGAUUACAAUCCUAACUGGAUGAUGGCUAUAGAGAUACUAGAUGAUGAAACAUUUCUUGGGAGUGAAAAUUCCUUUAAUUUAUUUACCGUUCAAAAAGACAGUUCAACAGCGGAAGAUGAUCGUACAACAUUACAAGAUAUUGGUAAAUAUCAUCUGGGAGAAAGUGUUAAUGUCUUUAGACACGGGUCGUUGGUGAUGGAACAUCUUGGAGAAACAUCCAAUCCAUUUCAAGGAACUGUUUUGUAUGGUUCUGUUACAGGAGCAAUUGGCAUCAUCGGACAAAUAUCUCAAGAUUUAUAUGAAUUUCUUACUCAAUUACAAGCACAGAUGAACAAAGUGAUAAAAAGUGUUGGAAAAAUAGAUCAUAGUUUUUGGAGAUCAUUCUCUACCGAGCGUAAAAUAGAAGAAUCCAGAGGUUUUAUUGAUGGGGAUUUAAUAGAAAGCUUUUUGGAUCUUCCGCGAGCACAAAUGGAUGAAGUAGCUUCAAAUCUUCAGAUUCAAGAAGAAAAUAUGAAAAGGCAAGCGACUGUAGAGGACUUGGUGAAACUGGUUGAAGAUUUGACCCGAAUUCACUAAGACACGUGCACCUGAAGAAAAAACUGUUGUGAAAAGAGAACCAUGCAAAAUAUGACAGCGUUUGAUAGAAAAAGUACUCGAGUGAUUAAUCCUGCCAAUGUGCCAUCUUUCGAUUUCCUGGCGAAGAUAUUCUUAAUGUAGAGUUAGGUUGGAGCAUCUGUUAACACAUAAGUUCUUAAGUUUUUGUGUUGAAAAAUUCAGAUGUUCCGUUGUCUUUCAUUUUAAAUGUGGAUAGUCUAUUCAAUUUAAAGGAGAUAUAAUAAUCGAUAAAUGGUAGAAGCAGGAACGUUUAGGCAUUGUGACUGUUGUCUGAACGUUCCUCACCAGGAAAUUUCUCUAUUAUACGAUAACUGCUGUAUGUGUACAAGAUGACGGUGAAUAGAUGUACAUUUUGUAAUCA